UAUUAUCUGCAGUAGUAAUCUCAAACAUAGCAGGAAAACGUAUUAGGAGGAUUGUAAACAUACAUGAGUGAUCAUAAUGUUAGAGAGAGAGAAAGAGGGAGAGGCGUCAGGAAUGGCUGUAGAGAGGAAUACUUCCAUCGUGUGUGAUUCCUUGGGCGCGCAGCUCCCGGUUAUGGGUGUCCCAUGUGGAGAGCGCUGCACACUGAACCUGGUACUCCCCUGCUGAGGAUGGAGGUGGCUGGAACUGAGGCGUGGGUCCCGUGUUUUACGUAACGCAAGGGACUCUCCUGCUCAGUUUGUGGUUGUUGAAUAUAAAGGUGCAGGACUGACUGAUGCAGAUAUGUUCCUGCGGAAAUAGUUCUCACAUAUGUUCCCCUUCACUGUUAUGAGCCAAACACCGCUAAUAUGACAUUACUUGAGACCCUCCUUAGCUAAUAUAAAAGUGUGUGUCAGCACAAUUCAUUAUUAUGUUAGCAGUGUACAGCAUGCAGUGUCAGCUGAAAUGCAACAGCGUUGUUGGAGGCGGGAGGGGUAAGGGGGGAUGUCCGCCGCCAUCAGGGCGAAGUUGAUCGAAACGGGGAUCUGUCGAGUGGUCCAAAUGUAAACCUGCGUGCCCUUCCCGGCCUUGUGGAUCACCGCCACUGGUGGGGAAGAUGGAGCAUGCAUCGCCAUCCCUCCGUCUGUGGAACCAAAAGCUUAGUGAAAUUCUAAAGCUAGCUGGAGAACUUCAGAAUGAAGACCAGAAGUUGGCUGCAGAAUCCUGGUACCUGGCAGUGCACCACAUCCAGUCCCUGUGGGACAAGUCUUCCCUCAUCACCGCCAGGAAGGGUGUAUCAACUCAGGUCAAGGAGGAGGUCAAACAGGAUGGACACAGUUCUGAGGCUACCUCAAGUCUGGUUUGGAGGAGGAGCACCACACCACAGACACAAACCCCAACACCAAAGGAAGAGGCAGUGAAGGAGGAACACAGUAUUGAAGAGCAGAAUUCAGAGAGGGUCAAGAAGGGCCGUCGUGAGGGUAAGAAGUCUUCCAAAUCAUCAGUGAAACAGGAAGCACAAGUUAAGCAGGAGAGUGAGUCACAAGACAAGGCUCAGGAUGCUGGCAAGGUUCAGUCAGUCCACCUCAUGAUCUCAGCUGACCCAGUCCUGGUGCCAAGCAUGAACAGGUUCAAAAAGGUGUUCAAGAAUGAGAGCACAGGCAAAAUGGAGACUACUUACCAGUGUGAAAAGUGUCCUAAGCAGUGCCGUACUGCCAUUGCUUUAUACAAACACUGGUCUUCUCACAGUAAGAGUUUGGAGUGUCCUAUCUGCCACCAGAGACUAUGCAACAGACAUGCUCUAAAUGCACACAAGAGGACCCACACUGGGGAGCGGCCAUUUGAGUGCACCAAGUGUUCUUCAAGGUUUACUACCCGAGGCAACCUUGCUCGCCACAUAGCCAGCCACGAGGGAAAGAAGCCGUGGCAAUGUGCUUUGUGUGGCAAGCGGUACACUGAGAAAAAGUCUCUUAAGGUGCACAUGCGAUCACACACUGGUGAAAAGCCCUAUGCGUGCUCUGUCUGUCCCAAGAAGUUCUCUCAGUCUGGCGUCCUCCAGGCACACAUGCUCAUCCACAGUGAUCAGUUUGCACAUUUGUGUGACAUAUGUGGGCGCUCCUUCCGCCAGCGUUCUCAGUUGGCAACUCACCACCUGCGCCACCAAGGAGUGCGCCCCUUCUCCUGCCCCAAUUGUGACCGAAGCUUCACCACCAAGGGUGACAUGGAGAGGCACCUGAGGACACACACAGGGGAGCGGCCAUUCAGCUGUGACGUGUGUGGCUCCUCAUUUGCCCGGCCACAGACGUUACAGGAACACAAAAACCGGCACUACAACUUCAAGCCCUACAUGUGCAAGAUCUGUGGCAAAAGGUUUCAUGAGAUGGCUGCCUGCUCUCGCCACAUCAAAGGUUUGCACUCCAGGGAGAAGGGAAACGCCCCAGCUUCUGCCAGCAUUCUCCGUUUGACUAAUCCUGAACACCAGCAAGAUGAGGAAGAGAAGCAAAAUAUUCUCAUUACUCAUCUUGAUGUAACUGAUCCCGUGACAAAGGAAGAUGUCCCUCCUGCAACUCCACAGGAAGAUGAUGUGGGAAAUGAGGAGGAGGAAGAGGAAGAGGAGGAGGAGGAGGAGAUGGAGGGUGUAGAUGAGGAAGAUGGGGAGGAAGUGAAACAUCACAUCUUUGUCAUGCACACCACAGAGCCAGAGGAAACACAGCUCAUUACCAUUGCAGAGCCUACUGUUGGUGACAAUGAAGGCCCAAGCUCCACUGAGUUGUCGUGUGAGGACUGUGUCACCCUCAUGUCUUCUGUAGAUGUUCUGAGGAGCCAUGCCAGACACUGUACAACUGUCUCAUGCGAGGACUGUCGCACCCUUAUAUCUUCAGUGGAGGUGGUGAGGGGACACCUGCGACACUGUGAGAAUCACCAAGGUUUGUCCAUGGCAGAGUGGCUUAUUGAAGAUGAUGCCAUGAGCCAGGACAGUAACAGCAGCAAUGACAGAAACAGUGAUGAUGGUGCAGAGGAUGGUGGCAAUAGUGAUGGCAGUGGUGGUGGAGGCAACGGAGAGAAUGAGGUAGUGACAUCAGAUAUGGAUCAACAUACUGUUACCAUCAGUGAGGAUGUCACUAUUACCUCACUUCCCCUCACCCAGCUACCUCCCAUACACCUACAGCUGGAGAGUGACUACAUGGUGGUGUUGCGGGGGCCAGCCAGCAGCGGACAGACUGCAGACAGGACGCUUCCCCCACAGCAGGUAGAGGAACAUUCAUUAACAGAGGCAGAGGAAGAGAAUUCACAGCCAAGACUUGCACUGGUCUCAUCGCUGCUCAAUGAGUAAGGAUUACAUGAAGGUCAGGGAAGGGAAGGUACUAUUGCACAAACUUGGGGGCCUUUAUUUUUUAAUCCCAUUCCUUGAUCUUUGUUGAAAGGCAUUUGCAUAAUAAUUUGAAAAAAAGUAACAAUAUAAAUUGAUAAGUAAAAAAAAAUAUAUAUAUAUAUAUAUAUAUAUAUAUAUAUAUAUAUAUAUAUAUAUAUAUUACCAUAAAUUGCUGUUGCUGGAUAUGAAAGACAAAUCAUGGGUUUUGAGAGUUCUUCAGCUUCAAACGAAUUAAGAUUGAUAUUUUCAUUAAAAACCAACAGAUCAUAACAUUCCAUUUGAAAAACUACACCAGAUUAUUUUAUUUUAUUUUAUUUUUUGAGCAUUUGAUGUGACAUUAAUUUGAGGCUAGAUUGAAGCUUUAUAUUUUGUGUGUGUGUGUGUGUGUGUGUGCCCUUUGCAGGUGAUGUCAAACUGGUAAAUAGAUUGAUAGAUUUGAAUUUAUAUUUAUAUUGAUGAAAUUUUAGUAAUUAUAAGGUUCAUGUAUAUAUAAAUUAACUUUUAUCAUGAAUGGUAAAAUAAAAACUACAAACUGAAUACUACAAAUAAACAAAUUUCAAGCAGA